CAGCCUCAGCACCAGCUGAGUUUUGGGAAGACGCGUUUGCUUUCUGUGAACUUUCUUCUAAGCAUCCUCUCUCUGAUUUUCCCUUUUGGGCAAAAGGAGGGAGACAGCGCGGGGACCACAGGAUGGGGAAGCCACCGAGGAUGCUGCCCCGGGAUCUGGGAGCUGUGGAGGAGGAGAGGCCGGGGGAGGGGACGAGCCAGGGAGGCAAGCUGUCCUGAAGCAGCCAGCAGGGACCCCAGGAUGCGGGCAGGAGACCCACCCUCGUGAGCUGCGGACUGACACGGAUGGCUGCGUCCUUGGGUCGGAAGGGAAUUCUGCGUGGUGCGCUGACUAAGGAGCCGGCAGGAGCAAUGCUGACUUGGGGAAGUGGCUCAAGUUCUCUAGCUGACCCCCAUCCUGCCCCUAGGGUACACGUGACUCUCUCCCCCGUCUGCUGCCCAGACAGCGGAUGUCGUCUGGGGUCCUCCCCUCCCUGGGGAAAGAGUCCCGCUGAGGAUUUCAGUGGCUGCUAGGGACCAGGACUCAGGCUUUUGGGAGGCCUAUGGAGGUCCCCCUGGCCCCUGGCUGCCUUCCCAAAACGUCCAUCCCACGCCGGCCUUGGACUUGAGCCUACGGGAGAGGAGACACUGCUCCGGGACUCUGAGUGCUGGAGACUCAGCGGCAACCCUGGCGUCCUAAUAGGCCAGACUUGGCGCAGGGCUUGAGGUUUGUCAGACGUGCGAGAACCUUUCAAGGGCACCACGCAGCUCCUUCCCUCGCGCCCUGCCACCUCGCAGAGGUGGCACAGAGAAGCACCCGGGUCAUGGGUGCCAGCUACAGGAAAGGGCGGCAGAGGCCCCUCCAGCCCCCCGCUGGCAGCUGGUGCAGCCCCACCCUCCGGCCUUCCCCUCUCAAGUUCUGAUCAUCUCUACAGACUCUGGGGGCCUCCCCUGGGCUCACCGCCCCUUAGGCUUCAGAGGGGGACUUCCUGCGGCUCUCACCUACCAGCCCUCCCAGGUUUAAAAGUCCCCAGAAGCCAAGGCCAUGCAACCACGUGCUCAGAGGCCCCGCCUCCCGGGGCGCAGGCCCUGAUGGAGCCGCUUGACUGUGCCGCUCACGCUUGAUUUCCCUGACAGACCGACGGGCGGGCGGACGGACGCAGCCCGGCCCCUCCCUGCCACACUGCGGUCAGCAGCAGCCAAGAUGGGUGACACCUGGUCCCAGUUGCCCUGGCCCGGACCCCCGCACCCGGCCAUGCUGCUGGUCUCGCUCCUCUUGGCAGCCGGGGUGGUGUACACCGACGCCGGCGCCAGCUGCCCAGUCCUCUGCACGUGCCAUAGCCAAGUGGUGGACUGCAGUGGCCAGCGGCUCUUCUCGGUGCCCCCAGACCUGCCCAUGGACACGCGCAACCUCAGCCUGGCGCACAACCGCAUCGCCGCCGUGCCGCCGGGCUACCUCACCUGCUACGCCGCCGAGCUGCGCGCGCUGGACCUGCGCAACAACUCGCUGGUGGGGCUCCCGCCCGGCCUCUUCCUCCACGCCAAGCGCCUGGCGCACCUGGACCUGAGCUACAACAACCUCAGCCACGUGCCGGCCGACAUGUUCCGGGAGGCCCACGCGCUAGUGCACAUCGACCUGAGCCACAACCCGUGGCUGCGCCGGGUGCACCCGCAGGCCUUCCAGGGCCUGGUGCAGCUCGGGUACCUGGACCUCAGCUACGGUGGCCUGGCCUUCCUCAGCCUCGAGGCCCUCGAGGGCCUGCCGGGGCUGGUGACCCUGCAGAUCGGUGGCAACCCCUGGGUGUGUGGCUGCACCAUGGAGCCGCUGCUGAAAUGGCUGCGGAACCGGAUACAGCGCUGCACGGCGGAUUCUCAGCUGGCUGAGUGCCGCGGGCCCCCUGAAGUUGAGGGUGCACCCCUCUUUUCCCUCACUGAGGAGAGCUUCAAGGCCUGCCACCUGACCCUGACGCUGGACGAUUACCUCUUCAUCGCCUUUGUGGGUUUUGUGGUUUCUAUUGCAUCAGUGGCCACCAACUUCCUCCUUGGCAUCACAGCCAACUGCUGCCACCGUUGGAGCAAGGCCAGUGAAGAGGAAGAGAUUUGACAUGGCUACGAGUUGUCCCUGCAUGCCACUGGCCACCACCGCCACUGACCCCUGGAUAUCCUCUCUGACUGCCCACAGUGGCUCCAAUGUAUCCUGGCCACAUCUGGCAUGGCUCAAGCAAGCCUAGGAAAUGAACUUUGUCCAAGCAACUACUGUGGGCCAGACACUGUGUUAGAAACUGGGAGUUUGAAAUGAAUAUGACCUGCUCCCUGCCAUCAAGGCACUUACCUCGAAUUGAGGAGAGAGACUGGAAACUAUUCCCUUUCACAUGAUUUAUCAGCACUCUCUGAGCACAUAGUUAUGGAAGCCCAGAAAAGGAGUUAUUGACUAUGGCUAGAAAAGUCCAAGAGUAUUGAAAAAGUGGAGGUGGUAUGUGUGCUGGGUCAUCAAAAACUAUCUGCUUUUCAAGACAAAGAAGGACCAUCAUAAGCAAAUGACCAAGGCCAGAAUAUGCACUUGUUAAAACUAUGAACAAUCUCUUAGGUCUUGGGUGUAUUGAAGGGCAGUGUCAUAGGACAAAAACCUGCCCUCUGACACUCAAUCUAUGCCCUCUUGGCUUUGCCCACCACUGCCUCGGAGGAUGAGAAUACCUCCACACCAGCCCCUUUGACCUCCUUCUACCAGAAGCAACCUGGGGAGACCACUUUCUAUUGACUGCCCCCCAUACUCUAUGGCCAAAGGUAGCUGCCAUUGGUGAGGUCCCAGGUAGCAAGCUGAGGACGGACAUCUUCAGUGCCCUUUCUCCUACACCCAUUUCCUGCCUUUCAAGCAUUGGCUUCCAGAGAUGGGGAGCAGGAGGUCACCCGAUGGGGACAGUGAGAAUUCCGGCACUCUAGGAUUCCUACUCACUUGACCGUUCUUGCCACGGUGCUCACACCAAGGGAUCUCACCAGAAAAAUACAGCACUGAAGGAGAAGGCCACCCCAUCUGUGACCACAAGAAGGUGUGCACUUUCUUCUAAGCCACUCGCCCAUUCAGGCUUAAGAGAGAGCUAUUAAUUACCAAGCACUCACCAGUGUCAGGCACUGUGAUAAGCUCUCUCCACAGACAAUCCCCUUUAAUAUACAUGAGACUCUUUUGAGGUGAGCAUUGCCAUUCCCAUUUGACAGAUGAGGAAAUUACGACUUGCAGAACUUAAAGUCAUGUGCCAGAUAAGUCUGUGCUCUUUCCAGUUCUGCAUUCAAUUUGAGGAACAGCACAAUUCCCUCUAAAGUUAUAUAAAUUCUAAUUCAAGUAGCGCUGAUGAUGCUCCUAGUAAGGACCAGGUGGUCUUCUAGGUCCUUCUACAUUUAUUGACUCAUUUAUUGCAAUUCUCAUAGCAACGCUGCUUAGUGGUCUUUCUUAUACCCAUUUUACAGAUGAAUUUAUUGUAGUGAGUAUAGUAAUUUCUCCAAGGUUAUCUGGAUAAAUUCUAGAAGGAAGGUGAUAGGCAGCUCCAUUCAGGGAAACUGUGUCUAAUCAGUCAGUCCAAAAAAAAAAAAAAUCAAGUAAUCAUAUGUGCAAAGCACAAUUACCAUUGUUGUCAUCAUCUUCAUCUUCACCAUCUGUUUCAUCAGCUUCCCUGUAUUUGUUCAGCAAUGGACAGUUCCUGAGUGCAUUGCCAUUAUUCUCCUGACUUCACAACCCUAUGUGGAAGCAAAUCAAACAUCACUACUCCUCUUUGGCAGAUGGGAAAAUAGAGACUCAAGAGUGGGUUUGACUUGCCUAAGCAAUAGGAUUAGGGCUCAAGUCCAAGUCAGUUCUUUUUCAGUGCUUUCCCAGGUACUCGGUGACAAAAAUACCUGGGAGGAUCGGUAGUGGGGCCAUGGAGUCUGCUAGCUAGAUAAAGGGCAGUGAAACCCAGCUGCUGGACAGAUUUAGAUACGUUCACAAGAGAGCAAAUCAAAGUCUCUAGAAGACACCUGUCUUCCGAUGUGUAAAUGGCACAUUAGAACUGGUGGCCCUGGGGGUCCAUCAUGCAAAAACUGAGAUAUUUGGGAAACGAGAGGAAGCUGUUCUAUUCAUGCCUGGCUGUGCUAUGCCAGGCGAGAUACAAAGGGUAGGGGAAGACCUUAAGACUUUUAAGGUGUUGACAAGACUGGUCAGGAAGAGAAUUAAACGGGGACUGUCUAUCUAGCCCCCAGCCGCAGCAGAUUUGUGUUACCCCAUUCACCUACUAGGCCUGAAAGCAAUGAAGGAGAAUAAUAUACCAUCUUCUGAGAAGUCUUCCCUUACUCAGGCUACUCAGAGCUAGUCAACCAAAAUCAUGGCCAGGAACUUGGGCUACUUGAACAGACCUGGGAUACUUGAACCUGUUCCCCUGACGCUCGCUUGCCUGUGGACUACUGUGACAUCUGAGGCAGAACGGCACCCACUCUCCCUACUUCCAUUGUGUCUGGUACUGGGGCUUCUCCCCAGCAGUCAAGCUGACAACCUAAAGUUUUGAGGGAGGAACUUUUAGAAUUAAUAGCCCUGAUACAAUUAGCGAAGCCACCCACAGAGGCCAUAAAAAUCUACAUUAAUCUCCUAGAGACUCUUGUUCACUGAAGUAUAGUUAAACUAUUUAAGAUGUGUGCUCGUUUGUGUAGAAUUAGCACCAAACACAACAUCAAAAGCCCCUCGAAAUCCAGUGUCGUUUGUAAUGAGACUGUUUAGAACCCACUAAUGGCAAACCUUUCCGAGUAGAACACAUGACUUUUAGUGAACAGAUACUUAUUUCUAGAAAAAAAAAAAAGAGGAGAUGCUUCUCUAGGUACUAGCAGGUCCAGUUAACUACUGAAUAUCAAAUUUCCUGAUCUUCUCUGUAUCUACCGCCUGUCUGGAACAAGCCUUCAGAAGCAGCUUCUAGGGUCCAGCUUCUAGAGAUAUGCUAGCAGUCCUGGGUAGAUGUUCCCACAACCCAUCUGACCAACACCUCCUGAGGUGUUCCUAUAGUGCUCCGCUGGGGUUCUUCCAACUGGUUAACAUGUUAGUGUGAUUCUGAGUCUGUGUGCCCAGCAUGAGGUGGGCUGCCUAGGUGUUGGCUAUCUACUGAUGUGGGACUGAUCUCUCUCUACUUGGGUUUGGUUCUCUGCCACUAUCUAUUCAAGUAUUUACUGCAUUACUUGAUACACCAGCAUGGAAUCCCAUUAGUGCUGAAGUAGGGAUAGUGGCUCAGAAAAUAUAUGGCUGAAGCUGCUUAAUGAUAGCCUGACUUCUUUCUUCCCUUCACUAUUCCUUAUCCCAGAAGCUUCCUUCAUGCCAGCUCUGAGUCUUUCAAGGUUUGGCUAACCAAUUGGGCUUUGAUGGUCAAGGUCUGGGUCCAGAAAGUUGUUCAGAAAAAACCUGUCCCCCUCCUCACCAUCCACACCUCAACACUCUGCCCCAGUUGCCUCUGGUCACCCUCAGAGAGACUCUCAUCUGUUUUUCCAUUCCCAUAGGGACCCCAAGGAACCCUGCAGAAUAGGCCCCCAGACUUACUGGUUCCUUGUAAGAAGCUGGAUAGAUGAAAUUUGAAAAGACCGAACAGGUAUUUCUCGUCAACCAUCACGGAAUACCUACAGUCCCAUUUGCCCCACAGAUGUCUUAUGUCAGCAUCCUUUCCAGCUCUAGAACAUAAGGAGAUACCUGUGUGUACUCCUCAGGAGAGCAUCUUCCCAAAGCUAGAGAAACGUGCCUGCUCUCCCCCUCCAGAAGGAGGCAAAGGGGAUGUAAGGAGGCCAGUUGCAAGGUUCUUUGUAAAAUCACCACCAUGUCUGCCACAGGUGGGAAGCUCUGGGUCCACAGAGUUCUCGGCUUUUCUGAGUGUUGUGCUGCAGAGUGCUGAUGUCUGGGGGUGGGAGGGCUAGGGAGGGGUGGGGCGAGGGAAGAUGCCAACCUUUGUAUGGAGAUGAUUUUAUAACCAUGUACUUUUGUAACUGUUAAGAAUUUUUCAUAAAUGUACAUUAAUAAUAAAGAG